CGCUAUUGCUAAACCACAACCUUCCUAACAUGGAUAUCCUUUCCUGUUGCUGUUUGGUCUCAACGAACUCGAGCUCUGCUCGGUGCUAGUAGGAUAAAGGUCUACUGCCGUUCAGUGCUCUUGACUAGCCACUGAUUUCAAAGAUGUCGAGACCAUCAACUGCCGCUCAUGAUAGUACUCGCCAAACCGGCAGCCUUGGACGAGACUUCCGGGUCGCUAUUGUGGGAGGAGGAAUAUGUGGACUGAUUGCCGCCAUCGGUCUCAACAAAUCCGGAAUACUCGUCGACAUAUUCGAGUCUGCGCCAAAGUACGGCGAGGUGGGCGCGGGAGUCGGUCUAGGUCCCAAUGCGAUUCAGGCUAUCAAAGAGCUGGGCAUCCUCGACGAGAUCAUCGCGCGAGCGGACCAGACGCUCUCGCGGCGAGGAUUCAACUUCAAGUUUGGUACGGGCGACUGUGACUUCAUUUGGAGUUAUCCUACUACUGAUGAUGAUUACGGCUUGGGAAUUCAUAGAGCGAAGUUUCUUGAGGCAUUGGCUGAAAUCAUAGAUACGACACUGACUACCGCGCACUUCAACAAACGCUGUGUGUCCGUCGAGAACUCCUCUUCUCGCCCAAUCAUCUACUUCGCAGAUGGGACCACCCAUGAGACUGACCUUGUUCUCGGCGCGGAUGGUAUAAGGAGUACUGUACGUGCGGCUGUGGUCGGGGAAAAACAAGCAGAGGAUUCGCUGUCGUUCAGCAAUACCGUCGCAUAUCGUGGACUCGUCCCCACCGAGACUCUGCGAUCUCUCGGGGUAAAGACGGAUAUGGUGGCGAAACCGCUCUGCUGGGUGGGGGACGGUAAACACAUCAUUACGUUCCCGAUCAAAGAGAACACAGUCAUCAACAUCGUAGUCUUCGUAAAGGAUUUCUCCAUCCCCAUCGGCUCCAAACGUCUCCCUCCCUCCGAACCCUGGGUGACCCGCGUCUCCCCCGACGAACUCCGCUCACAAUUCGAGAAUUGGGGCGACGACCCGCGCAUCAUCAUCUCCUGCCUCCUCGAGCCUUCGAAAUGGUCCAUCCAUAGUCUUAAUCCCGAGUUGAAGACCUACGUGAAUGGCAGGAUCGCACUCAUGGGUGAUGCGGCCCAUGGCAUGCUACCCCAUCUAGGCGCCGGCGCCGGUCAAGCCAUCGAAGACGCCGUCCUCCUCUCCCAGCUACUCGGUCAUCCACUAACCAGCUCAAGCAACAUCCCCUCCGUUCUGCUCGCCUACGACCGCGUGCGCGUCCCCCGUGCUACGAUGGCACAAAGAGGGAGCCAGCGCUCAGGCGAUAUAUAUGAUGGGCAUGGAGAGUCGGGGCUGACGCAGGAGGGGAUAAGGAAGGAUGCGGAGGGGCAGUGGGAUGGGGUUUGGCAUCAUGAUUUGGGAGAGGAUAUGAGGAGGGCGGUGGAGUGGCUGAGGGAGGAGGGCGCGUUUGGGGAGUAAGUGCAGGUUAGACUUCAGCAGGUUCCAUGGCUGUUGCUGGAUUGGUCCUCUGAAGGAAAGUAACUUGUAAGAAUGGAGUGAACGACUAUCCGUGUCUCUGGGACAGGCAUGGAGAUGGUGGUGGCUCGUGACCGGAGACGAUACGUGCAGACGCAGCCUGGAUGACAU